AUGUUGGUCUUCAACCUCCGUCCACUCAGAAUUAUUAGCAUUUGGAGAGAUAUAAUGAUUCCAUCUGUCACGGCAUUGUCUUGGUGUCCUUUGUGGGAUUCUUGUGGCAACUUCAUACCAAUUGUUUGUACCAAGCUUUCUUACAAGAUACUUGAGCUUCCUGUCCUCCUCUUCUGUGAAUCUAUAUCUAUGGAUUUUCUCGUAUGGCAUCUUCUUUUCGGUUCCGUACAUUAA